AGUUUAAAGUUUCUGAGGCUGGAAUGAACACAGUGACUUGGAAAAUGGGAAGAGGGACAUUGCUGCUCUAUCCCGGAAGCCGCUAAACUUCUGCUAAGCGCUCUCGCUCGCUGGCUCUCUCUCCCCCUCUCUUCCCCCUUCUCUCUCCAUAACCCGUUAAAAACACUGCGAACCGAGUUGUGUGUGUGUGUGUGUUUUGUUUGUUUGUUUGUUUUUGCCAGUGAUCAGAGGUUAUUUCUGACACUCGGAGAUAUUCCAGACCUAUGGGUGAAAAAUGAAAUGACCCAGAAGAGUGGCCACAUCGUUCUUUUCUGUGGUCUGGUACCAGAUGGUGGGUACUCUGGCGCAGGGUUGUGAAUGCUGAAUUUUAAAAUGUGAUUUCUGUCCUUUAUUAUUAAGCUAAAACUGGUUCCAUUUCGCUCUCUUUCCUUUUGGUGCAAAGUCCUUGCUUUUCUUGUUUUUCAGUCCACUCAACGGAGUGGAGUGGCCUUAAAGCACAGGAUGGAGCGACCUCGGUAAUCUCAGGGUCGACGGAGUCGCAGAGGCCGGGACGUGCGGCAGGCCCCGGGCGGGCGUCCUGCACCGACCGCGGCUGGUACGGCGCCCGCGGGCAUGGAGUGGACGGCGCACGGCGCCCGCCGGUAGAGCCCGGCGCCGGGAGGGGUCUGCAGAGCUCGCCGCAGCCUUCCAGGCCGGGGCCACCUCUGCGCCGCGCCUCUCCAUCCUUCUCACCCGCCGCCAAAAGUCAUGGAAGACGGCCCGCUUCCGGACCUCAGAGACAUCGAGCUGAAGCUGGGGCGCAAAGUCCCCGAGAGCCUGGCGCGCUCGCUCCGUGGGGAGGAGCCCGCUCCUCGGGCCGGGGUCGGGGACCUCUGCGGGGGGAUCUGCGGCGGCGCCGGCGGCUCCUGCAGCAGCUCGCCUCCCUCCCUUCCGUCCUCCUCGUCGUCCUCCCCAGCCUCAGGCUCUCCACGACAGAGCCACUCCAGCGCCCUAGAGAGGCUGGAGACCAAGCUUCACGUCCUCCGGCAAGAGAUGGUUAACCUCAGAGCCACUGACGUGAGGCUCAUGCGCCAGUUGCUGGUUAUCAACGAGAGCAUUGAGUCCAUCAAGUGGAUGAUUGAGGAGAAAGCCACCAUCACCAGCCGAGGCAGCAGUCUGAGUGGCAGCCUGUGCAGUUUACUGGAGAGUCAGAGUACCUCCCUACGUGGCAGUUAUAACAGCCUCCAUGAUAGCAGUGAUGGGCUGGAUGGCAUCUCUGUGGGGAGCUACCUGGACACUUUGGCAGACGAUGUUCCAGGCCAUCAGACUCCAUCAGAUUUGGACCAAUUCAGUGACAGCUCCAUUAUAGAGGACUCACAGGCACCACACAAGCAUUCAAAGUUGGAUUCUGAAUACUACUGCUUUGGCUAAUGACCUGUUGUUUGCAUGGGACUGGUGUGCAAUUCACAUGUAUGCAUCCUUCCUCUCUGCUGCUAUAUUUGUGGUGUGAUUUAUUUUAAUACAGCAACCUUUUUAAAGAAACUUAUUUUUAAACUGCUUAAUGAUAUUUCUGUUGAUCCUAAUAUUUCUCAUCUAGACUGAUUUAUUUUUCUCUGUUACAUCUGUAUUUUUAUUUAUUAUAAUGAGCUUUCUCCCUUCUCUUACAGUAGCACAGACAAAGCAGGGGGAAAGAAUAAGCAAUAAUUGUUUUUGCUUUUGUUUUCAGAGCAAGGGGUCAGGGAUUAUAAAAAAAAACUUCGCUAAAUUUUACAAUAAACCAAAGUCUGGUAACAGUUA